AUGGGAGGAGGCAUCCUCGGCUUCAUUCGAAGCAUCUACCAGCUAGACACGCUCGACACGCGAUUCACAACACCUUCGUCCAUUCCAUACAAACUUGCGGCCGAGACGAGGAAAGAUCCAAUUGGAGCACAAGAGGGCGGUUUGGGCAAAGGGAAAAGAGCAGAGAGGUCAAAAUGGAGCACACCCGAGUUCUACCUAUACUACCUGAUGUUCUUGAUUGCAGUUCCCUACAUGUUCUGGGUACCAUUUGAAGUCUCCAGGGAAUCCGAUCCAAGAUAUCCAAAGUUCCAGCGCUAUCUGUCAGAAGGAUGGAUGCUGGGUCGCAAAGUGGAUGUGUCGGACAGCCAACUAAAAACCAUUCGGGGCAAGAUUCCGCACAUCUUUGGACUACUCGUUGUUCAACCGCUCUUGCGCCGAGUUUGGAACCUCUUCAAGCCCGCACGGCUUGAACCUGGUGUCUCGGAAACUUCGCCCAGAGCUGCCGAGGCAAGGCUGGAGCAGCGCAUUUCAUUUGAUGCCUUCUUUGGUGCCAUUCUCCUCACAGUCCUCCAUGGAACCAGCGGACUCAAAAUCUUUGGUCUUUUGUGGCUGAACUACCAAGUCGCAACGAGGCUCCCGAGAAAGGUUGUUCCAUGGGCGACAUGGAUUUUCAACCUUUACAUCCUAGUGACUAUGAAGGUCUAUGAUGGUUACAGAUUCAAGACAUUCGUGGACUUGAUUCCCUUUGCACCUGACAGCCUACUUGAUCUUGCUUCCUGGAUGGACAAUCAACAAGGACUCCUGAACCGGUGGCACAUUCUGUUCAACAUCACCAUUCUCCGGCUGAUCAGCUUCAACCUCGAUUAUGCCUGGAUGACGGACAGACAGGGCGGCAGUCCCAUUGAGAAGCAACUAGACCCUGCCAACCUUUCCGAACGCGACCGAGUCGGUACUCCUGCGCCCAAGAGCAACUACUCCUUCCGCAAUUACUUCGCCUACUCCAUCUACGCCCCCCUAUACCUUGCGGGUCCGAUUCUGACUUUCAACGACUACAUCUCGCAAUGCCGGUACAAGUCCGCCAGCAUCGAGCUCUCGCGCACCAUCAAGUACGGAAUCCGCUGCCUGCUCGUGCUCCUCGCCAUGGAGUUCGUGCUGCACUUCAACUAUGCCAACGCCAUCUCCAACGCUCGCCCGGACUGGUCUUCGUACACGCCCGCGCAGAUUGCUCUGCUCUCGUUCUUUAAGCUGCAUAUCAUCUGGCUGAAGCUGCUGGUCCCCUGGCGUCUCUUCCGCUUCUGGGCCCUGGUGGACGGCAUCGACCCGCCCGAGAACAUGCUGCGGUGCGUGAGCGACAACUACAGCACCCUGUCCUUCUGGCGCUCCUGGCACCGCUCCUUUUACCGAUGGACACUCCGCUAUAUCUAUAUCCCGCUCGGCGGGUCCAACUUUAGGACGCUCGCCAGCUCGGCUUACUCCGUCGUCACUUACCUGGCUGUGUUUAUGUUCGUGGCUAUCUGGCACGACGUGGACUUCCAAUUGCUUGUGUGGAGUUGGCUUAUUGUUGCAUUCUUCCUGCCUGAGAUCGCGGCCGGUUAUCUGUUCCCGCGCAGGAAGUGGGAGGGCAGGCCGACGGCGUACAGGAUGCUGUGCUGCGUGGGCGCGGUGGGCAACGUGUUGAUGAUGAUCAGCGCGAACGUGGUGGGCUUUGGUGGUGGUGUUGAUGCCAUGAAGGCUCUCUGGGAGGGUCUGUUCAGAGGAUUAACUGGCAUCUCUUUCCUCACGGGCUCCUGCAUUGCCCUGUUUGUGGGCAUUCAGGUCAUGUUUGAGAUCAGACAGUCGGAGCUGAGAAAGGGUAUUGAUUUGAAGUGCUGA